AUGACCGAUAGUGCUACUUCCAAUAGCAACAAGAACAGCAGCAACUUUAUUUCUAGCAUUCAUGCGCCAACAACAAGCAAAACAAUAACAUCCAACUACCAACAGCAACAGCAACAGCAACAGCAAAAACUACUUUUACAUGCACCCGACAAAGAGUUUAUGAUGUUGGUUGACGAAUAUACGACUGAAGACUUAAAGCGACGUCGCGCAGCAGCAGUAGCAAGGCAACGGUCGUCAUCGUCGCCGUCUAGACAUUACGAGAAUAUGGAGAGAAACCGUACUGUGCCAUUAGAUAUACCUACGUCGUCACCAUCCAAUGCUCAGGUUACACCACAGCCUGCUCCGGUGCUUUUAUUACUACCUGCCACAUGUCCUGUCAAUAGCAGCACAAGAAUAAAACUACCACCACGGAGCAAUGAUUUUACCGUCGGAAGCAUGCCAAUAGAGGAGUCUCCGAUCCCGUGGCCUACCCAAAUGCUUGAUCACGUUAGAACGCCCGAUAGUAGUAGUAGUAGUAUGGUACAUCUGUCAGAAUACAUCCAAACACCUUUUGCCAAUGAUGAUCUUGUAGAUGAGCAACUAUUAUUUAAAAUGGAUGAUUAA